GUUUAUAACACGUUAUCAGCACGAAUUCGCUCUCAAAUAUAUCAGCUGAAUUCCCUGAUGAUGAACCUCUGCAAACUCCCAUCCUCAAAGAAGCCCGACGAGGUUGUUGCUGAUGACUGGGCAACAAGAGGUGGACUUGUGAAGACUGACUGGACACAAGCUCUUUUCACUGCCUCUUACAGAAACUUCAAGGUCUCCACUACUACAUCUACAUCUACCAACUCCUUAACAGAGCAGAGUGCAUGGCAGACUCAAGGGCUUGAUGCGGAGGUCCUUGACAGCCUUGGCGUUGUGAAGCGUCUUGCUGUGCUCGUGAGAGGAUUGGAGGCUCUGUUUCUUGGUGCUGAGCAGCAGGUUCCGACUCCGACGGUCUCGGUUUCUGAUCAUAGCACCGCUGCCGCGGCGGCUUCUCCUGGCUGUGGCUUUGAUCAUGUUGCUUCAGGACCACAGAUGAGGGGUUUUAUAAAAGCACAGGCAAGGUUCGUGAGAUCAAGGCUGAACAAUCCCAAGCUGUGA